AUGGCUUCUCUUCGCUCUAUUCUUCUCUUAUCCCUCGCCGCCCUCACCACGGCGCGUGACGUCCCGUCCAACGUCCGCGACUUUUACAACAGCCUCAAGAGCAAGGGCCAGUGCAGCAACAAGCUCAAGUCCGGCUUCCACAGUCGCGACGGUGAUAAUGGCUCCUUCUCCUACUGCGGCGACCACCUCGACGACUACCGCGUCCUGUACCUCCAGGGCAAGAAAGGCAACUUUGUCAACAUGGACAUUGACUGCGACGGCGUCCAGCACGGCCCCGCCGACGAUGGCCGCUGCCAGUCCUCCGACGACACCCAGGUCCAGACCUCCUUCAAGAGCAUCGUGAGGGGCUACGGCGUCGGCGUGGACGACCUCGACGCCAACAUUCACCCCUACGUCGUCUUUGGAAACGAGGGCAGUCGCAGCAACUACCCCAACUUUGACCCGAAAAAGUACGGCGUCGAGCCGCUGUCCGUCAUGGCCGUCGUUUGCGGCAACAAGCUGAUUUACGGCAUCUGGGGCGACACCAACGGCGACGACGGCCCGGAGGCCAUGGUCGGCGAGGCGUCCAUCUCCCUCGCCACCGCCUGCUACGGCAAGUCGGUCAACGGCAACAGCGGCCACGACCAGGACGACGUCCUCUUCAUCGCGUUCCCGGGUGCCGACGCGGUGCCGGGCAAGAACGGCGCAAGGUGGAACGCGAAGAACUACGGCCAGUUUGAGAGUAGCAUUACCAGCCUUGGCGACAAGCUCAUCCAGCGCAUCGGCGGCGGCGGCGGCGGCGGCGGUAACCCGCCUCCGUCUGGCGGUUGCUCGUGGGAGGGCCACUGCGAAGGCGCGCGCUGCAAAGACGAGAAUGACUGCUCCGACGACCUUGUUUGCAAGUCGGGCAAGUGUGCUCGCGGUUAA